UAGAGAGCUAACCCAUUCACCGACCCCCCCAGGAAUCAGGAUGGAGAAGAGAGGAAGAAACCCCCCAUCCUUCGCCGCCGUGCUCGCCGCCGCUGUCUACUUGCUAUACUGCUCCGCAGGCGCAUCGGACCCCCUCGAGGAUCCCAAGAUCCGGCCGGUGACAGACCUUGCCGGUCACCGCCGGGUGGGAGCCACCGAGCUGCGAUUCCGGGCUUUCAUGAGGAGAUACGGGAAGGAGUACGGGAGCCUGGAGGAGUACGGCCGCCGGAUGGGGGUGUUCGCGAAGAACCUGGCGAGGGCGGCGGAGCACCAGGCGCUGGACCCCACGGCGGUGCACGGGAUCACGCCCUUCUCCGACCUCACCGAGGAGGAGUUCGAGCGGGAGUUCAUGGGAAUGGCGGCGAAGGAUGAUAAGGGCGGCGCCUCCGUGGAGGAUCCGACCGCGCCGAGGAUGGAGGUGGACGGGUUGCCAUCAAGCUUUGAUUGGAGGGAGAAGGGGGCUGUCACGGACGUGAAGAAACAGGGAAGCUGCGGAUCUUGUUGGGCAUUCAGCACAACUGGAGCUGUUGAAGGAGCAAACUUUAUUGCAACCGGGAAGCUUCUGAGCCUCAGCGAACAGCAGCUCGUAGACUGCGAUCACACGUGCGACACAGUGGAGAAGGAUGCAUGCAAUAACGGGUGCAAUGGCGGUCUAAUGACAAAUUCGUACAAGUACUUAAUGCAAGCAGGUGGCUUACAAGAGGAUAAGUCUUAUCCUUACACUGGAAAACAAGGUGAAUGCAGGUUCAACAAGAGUAAAGUUGCCGUUCGAGUCACAAAUUUCACCAACAUACCUCUUGACGAAGACCAGAUCAUGGCCAAUCUAGUCCAUCACGGUCCUCUCGCAGUAGGAUUGAAUGCAGCUUUCAUGCAGACAUAUGUUCGAGGUGUCUCAUGCCCAUUGAUCUGCUUCAAGCGGUGGCUAAACCAUGGGGUGCUGCUGGUUGGAUAUGGAGCUAGAGGAUUCUCCAUUCUGAGGCUUGGGUACCGACCAUACUGGAUCAUAAAGAACUCAUGGGGAAAGCAUUGGGGAGAAAAUGGAUAUUAUCGACUAUGCAGAGGCCACAACAUUUGCGGAAUCGAUAGCAUGGCCUCUGCAGUGGCAGCAACAUUGGCCACAGAAACUGGUUAGAAGUGUAUCUUCGUGUUUAUUUUAGAAGCACGAACUUGCGUGACACUAAUAGUAUGCUGCAGCAAACAAUGUUCGCUUUGUAUAUAUUUGUUGUUUUGUUGUUACAGUAACGUAGUUCAGCUAGAAAUCUGAAAAAUGUUGGGGUUGUUAGUUCCA